UGGCGGCUGUCGGAGGGAGCAAUAUGGCCAGCGGCAAUAUGGCAGCCGUUGGGGGAAACAAUAUGGCUGGCAACAAUAUGGCUGCUAGCACCAAUAUGGCCGGCAGCAAUAUGGCAGCUGUUGGGGGCAGCAAUAUGGCUGGCAACAAUAUGGAAGCUGUUGGCGGAAACAAUAUGGCUGCCAGAAGUGAUAUGGCCAAUGCCAAUAUGGCUGCCGUUGGCGGAAACAAUAUGGCCAGUAACAAUAUGGCUGCCUUUGGGAAAAGCAAUAUGGCUGCCAGCACCACUAUGGCUGCCGUUGGCGGAAACAAUAUGGCCGGCAACAAUAUGGCUGCCAGCACCAAUAUGGUCGAUGCCAAUAUGGCUGCCGUGGGGAAAAGUAACGUGGCGGGUGGUAAUAUGGCUGCCGUUGGGGGGAGCAAUAUGGCCGGCACCAAAAUGGCUGCCGUGGGGGAAAACAAUAUGGUGGCCACAGUUCUGGAGAACAAAAUGGCCGACGCAAAUAUGGCUGCCGGCAAUAUGGCCGCCACCAACAUGGCUGCUGGAACCAACAUGGCUGACAAAUCCAACAUGGCUGCCGGAUCCAAGAUGGCGUCGGGGACACGCCCCUUUUCCUGCCCCAUCUGUGGGCGGGGCUUCGCCUCGGGGGCGGGGCUAAGGCGGCACCAGCGACGUCACAGCCCCGCCCCCUCCGGCACGGCUUAGGCCCCGCCCCCGGCGCGGAGUGGGCGUGGUUUGUGAGGGGCGUGGUUUGUGUUGGCCACGCCCCUGGGGGCGUGUCAAUAAACGCUGAGUCAGCAA